UUGUUCACUUUUAAAAUAAAUUUUAUUUACAGCGACGUAAGAAGUUUGAGAGCAACAGAUAUUUUAAACUUUAAAACAGGUUGACAAUAUGAUGACGGGGAGGGAUUUAGGAGCGAAGGUCUCCAGUCUUUUCGAUGUGGCCGCUCAGCACAGACCCCUGAAAAACGCUGGUUCCAGUGUCAUCUCUUUUGCUUGCGAUCCUCGUCAUGAUGAUGAUAAUAUGCACAAAGCCAAAAAGGUUUAUUAUGAAAAUACCUAUCGACUAGAUCCUCCCGCGAGGUUCAGAGCAGACAAAGUCAAACCCAUUAUAGAGAAGGUCCUGGAAACUCAUCUUGAAGGGAAGAAAUAUGAUCCUGUAGAGUGUUCCAUUCUUUCCAAGAAACUCUCUGACGAAAUCAAACAGAAAGUUAAGGAACUGGAUUUCAAGAGGUAUAAAUUGGUGUGUACAGUUACUAUUGGACAGAAGCACAACCAGGGGGUACAGAUCGGCUCACGGUAUCUCUGGGACGCAGAUAGAGACAACUUCGCUGCCGCUUCAUUCCAUAACCGCCAUAUCUUUGCCGACGGCUCGGUUUACGCCCUCUACUACGAGUGAUGCAAUGUUUUCCGUCAUCCAUUUGGUCUUUCUGACAUUUUCCACAGUUCUAGUCAUUAUCAGAUCUAUUUGUACACUUGUGAUUCAAAAAAUCAAAAUUACUGAAUCGUUUUAUUAUGACGUUAUUUAUUGUACGAUUUGAAUAAACACGUUGUUUUCAAUGA